UCAUACAGCACUCUUGUCUCUCCGCACCCUCAACUUCUUCUCGGCCAGAAGCUGUUCGGCUCUGUCCACAUACCCCAUAACACGUGUCUCGUCCAGUUCACCAUCGAUGUCGUCCAUGAACGCACUAACGAAGUCGUCGGGGAACUCCUCUUGCAGUUUGACGAGGGCGGGGUGGAGGCCCAGGCAAAAGAGGAAAGGGCCCGCCGCGUCGCCUUGCUGGGUGCCCUCCUGACUGAGAAUUGUCUGUUCCUCCGUCCUUCAUGCGAUACCAUAGUUCAGCCGGGGUGCCGUAGAACUGCCAGAAGAAAUCGACAAGGGACGGCCACUUUGUGCCGAGCUCGUCGAGGAUCGCCUGACGGUCGAUGCUGUUGAAGGCGUUCUUGCAAUCCAAAGUCACCAAGACCCGUCUACCGGAAUCAUCGCGGCGUGUCUCCAUGUAGGUCUGACAGGCCCUAAAAGUCUUCUCUCCGCCUGCCGACGUACCGACCGCAAACUGUAGGGGUGAGAAGUCGUCCUCAAAGGCCAGCUUGUUCUCCAUACAAACUGCCUUCGUCACCCAUCUCCAAAGCACAUCACCCAUAGCAAUCGGCCGGACACCACCGUUGUCUUUCAUCAGAGCGAAAAGGCGGGCGGCCGAAAGAGUUAUAGUGCAGCUGUCCGGCAUAUUACCAGCGAGCAUCCGGCUGACAAGGGAGGGCAGGGGGAAGGUCUCGUCUUCUGCCGAGGCGUCACCCUCUCCCAUGCAGGCACGAAGAUGCUCAUACCGCCAUCCCGUGGGGCCGGCUGCGGAACCUCGCGGCGCCGUCUUGAGGGCAGCCAGUAGAACUCUGGGUGGGACCGUGAGAGGGACGGGCGGUCCAUCCGGGCCGUUCUGGGGCUGCGGCUUUGUGGGGAGCGGAGCUGCAGGGUGUAGGUCCUUGAGCUGCUGGAGGGUCGCCGUCGCUGGAGCGACCUUGGCGGCCGUCAGCCGUCUUGCCGCACGUGACAGCUCCCCUUGUUUCACAAACCUCUCUGCCGCUCGCAACUUGAUCUCCUCUAGGGAUGGCUCUGGUACACCCUCCACUGGUCCGUCGCCACGUGGAGCGCAAACGUGGCGACCCUGCUUAGCAAAAUUUCUGGACUCGUCGAGUAAUCCUUGCCAUUCUCCAGCCCAAAAACGCUUGAAGCGAGAACCCCACUUGCGGUGGCCGCCCGUCUUGCCGCGAUUCAUCGGGAAGAGCAGCAUAGUCGGCAAGAAAAUAGCUGUCAAGCAGCCGACAUCCGAAUCCUCCUCGUCCUUCGCGUACUUCUCGGUGGUAUCCACCACCAU